GUCAUAGAAGUUGCAAAUGGCGCUACCCACUCGAUCAAAGCUGGUGUUUUGAUUAUUUCAUAAAUGUUGCGCCGGGCGAGUGUCUGUGUUUGUAUUAAAAUCUUUUAAUGCAAUGAGGGACGCUGUGUUAAUAGACGCAUUUGACUUCUAAUAUUAAAGUUUUGAUGAGAUGGAUGUCAAAUAUGAAUUUCCAUUUAUAACUUAUUUGCUAGACAAUCUUUCUUUAAAUGUCAAGGAAUACCAGACUGCCUACAUAGUCGUAGUCUCUUCCAUCUUUUCUCUUGGGAUCGCGUUCAUUCUGCUGCUGGUUCGGAAAUGGAAGAACAAGGAGUUCCUGCCGGAAGUGAAGGAGUUCGUCGGCGUGGGGUCCACUCGUCCGCGCUUCAGGAAACGCGACAAAGUGCUGUUCUAUGGCCGCAAAAUGCUGCGCAAGGUGCGGUCCAUAUCCGGCCAAGUCCACGGCCAGGGCAAGAAGCGGCGGAUGGUGAUGAAGUUUGCUCGCCGACUGCUGCACUUGAAGAAGGACUCUGCUCCAGUCGCGCUCCAGGUUCUGGAGCCACCGGCCGAGUACCUUCAAGAAGACAUCGGCAGCGAGGAUCAGAGGGUCCCGCCGGAUGCACUCUACAUGCUGCAGAGCAUCAGAGUGUUUGGACAUUUCGAGAAGCCAAUCUUCUUGAAGCUGUGUAAACACACUGACAUCCUCAACUUGCCUGCCGGGACUUACCUCUUCAAAGUAGGGGAUGCCGAUGAGAAUGUGUACGUGGUGCAGAGUGGCAAGGUAAACGUCUUCAUCGCUGGCUCGGAUGGCACUCCCAUAUCGCUGAAAUGCGUGAAGACGGGAGAGUCCAUUACGUCUCUGCUGAGCUUUACGGACGUGUUGACGGGACACCCCCAGCCAUACAAGACGGUGGCGGCACGAGCGGUGGAGGACUCGACGGUGGUGCGGCUGCCCACGUCCGCCUUCCAGGAAGUGUUCCAGGAGUACCCGGAGAUCUUCAUCCGCGUGAUGCAGGUCAUCAUGGUGCGGCUGCAACGCGUCACCUUCACCGCGCUGCACCAGUACCUGGGGCUCUCCGCGGAGCUCGUCAACCCGGGAGUUACACGAAGGAAAAUCAGUCCUUUUGCGGGAUCUCCUGUGAAAAACAAGCCAAGGGACCUGUUUUCAUUUAAAGAUGAAUUUUCGAAUAAUUCUGGAACAGAUGGCUACUCAGGCGUUUCGCCCACGGAGCAAGCAGAGCCUCAGCUGCCGUUUGAGGUGUCGCAGCCCGGGGGCCCGCUCAUGUCUCGCCGCCACCGUGCCGGGCUGGAGAGCAAGCUGCCAUCCUCGCAGCCCGACAUGCUUUCUGACUUCGACCACCACUUGCCUUCCCCGCAGGCACCGCCGGACCUGCAGGCGGGCCUGACGGGCGCCAAGAAGCGCGGGUCCGGCAGCGCCGGCGCGGAGGCCGUGGACGAGCAGACGCUCGUGCAGACGGCGACAGAGGCGUUCGUGCGGGAGCUGGGGCUGGAGGACGACACGGUGCUGCGGGACGGCAAGGUGGAGAUACGGGAGGUGCCGGCCGGGACCUACCUCAUGAAGGAGGAGUCUCACAAGGACGUGGCGCUGGUGUACCUGAUCUCCGGGAUGCUGCUGGUGUCCCAGAAGACGACUGACAACCAGGAGGAGGUGGCCAUGUUCUAUGCACACCCCGGCGAGAUUGUGGGCGGUCUUGCUGUGCUGACUGGUGAACCUAGCUUCUUCACCAUCCGUGCCAAGCACUACUCUCGCAUCGCGCUGCUCUCCAAGAACACCUUCUACAACAUCAUGCGUGAGAGGCCCCGCGUGGUCUUGCACGUAGCGCACACUGUCGUCAGAAGGCUGUCCCCUUUUGUCCGCCAAGUGGACUUUGCUCUCGACUGGGUCUUCUUGGAGAGUGGGAGGGCCGUUUACAGGCAAGGAGACGACUCUGACUCAACCUUUAUAGUCCUCAGCGGUCGACUGCGGUCCGUGAUCACUCACUCGAACGGCAAGAAGGAGCUGGUGGGGGAGUACGGCCGAGGAGACCUGGUUGGCAUUGUGGAGAUGGUGACGCAGACUCCGCGCAGCACCACUGUAAUGGCCGUGAGGGACUCUGAGCUGGCCAAACUGCCGGAAGGACUCUUCAACGCCAUCAAGCUACGCUUUCCUAUCGUUGUUACUCGCCUCAUCAACCUGCUGGGACACCGCAUCCUGGGCACGUGGCAGAAGCCGACCAUGGGCCGCACCAUUGACGCGUGCCCCGCACAGAACAACUUCUCCACGGUCGCGGUGGUCCCCAUCUCUGACGACGUUCCCUUGACUGCAUUCACCUACGAGCUGUAUCAUUCGUUGUGUAACAUCGGAAGCACACUGCGUAUGACGUCGGACGUGAUUCGCAAGAGCCUGGGCUCGUCCAUCCUGAGCAUGACCAACGAGUACCACCUGACGUCGUGGCUGGCACAGCAGGAAGACCAGCACAUGAUCGUGCUGUACCAGUGUGACACCGGCUUCACUCCCUGGACGCAGCGCUGUGUGCGACAGGCCGACUGCAUCCUCAUCGUGGGGCUGGCGGACAACGAGCCCACCGUCGGCAAGAUAGAGAAGGAGGUGGAGCGACUGACGAUGCGCACCCAAAAGGAGUUGGUGCUUCUGCACAAGGAGGGGGCGUUGCGGCCGCGCAACACCGUGGCUUGGCUCAACAACCGCAGCUGGGUCAAGUCCCACCACCACAUUCAGUGCCCCAAGAGGAUGUUCACACGCCGCUCCCAGCACAAAGUGAACGAGCUUUACACCAAAGUGCUGAUGUCGGAGCCUAACAUCCACUCUGACUUCUCGCGCAUGGCGCGCUGGCUGACGGGCACCUCGGUGGGGCUGGUGCUAGGAGGGGGCGGAGCCCGGGGAGCCGCCCACGUUGGCAUGAUCAAGGCCAUCCUGGAAGCAUCUAUACCCAUCGACAUGGUUGGGGGCGUGAGCAUCGGGGCAUUCAUGGGUGCACUCUGGUGCAUGGAGAAGGAUGUUACGACCAUGACGCAGAAGGCCAGAGAGUGGUGUCGGAAGAUGACUCACUGGUGGAGGCAGAUGCUGGACCUGACCUACCCCAUGACGUCCAUGUUCUCUGGCCGUGACUUCAACGCGACCAUCCAGCAGACUUUUGGCGACACGCAGGUCGAGGACCUGUGGCUGCCCUACUUCACCGUCACCACCGACAUCACAGACAGCUGCAUGCGCAUCCAUACGCACGGCUCGCUCUGGCGCUAUAUCAGGGCGUCAAUGUCCCUGUCCGGCUACAUGCCCCCCUUGUGCGACCCCAUAGACGCCCACCUUUUGUUGGACGGAGGAUAUGUCAACAACCUCCCAGGCUCGCUGUGGCACUGUGUGCGCGCCAGCAUGACUGUCACCGGCAUCUUCCCGCCCAUCUGCGACCCCACGGACGGACACCUGCUCGUUGAUGGCUGCUACAUCAACAACGUGCCAGCGGACGUGAUGCGCGGCAUGGGCGCGAAGCACAUCCUGGCCAUCGAUGUGGGCUCCCAGGAGGAUACGGACCUCACCAACUACGGGGACUGUCUGUCAGGCUGGUGGCUGCUGUGGAAGCGCUGGAACCCCUUCGCAUCGCCCGUCAAGGUGCCCAACCUGCCGGACAUACAGUCUCGGCUGGCCUACGUGUCGUGCGUGCGGCAGCUGGAGGAGGUGAAGACUAGCGAUUACUGCGAGUACAUCAGGCCGCCGAUAGACAAAUACCGCACCCUGCAGUUCGGCAGCUUCGACGAGAUCAAGGAUGUGGGCUACAACCACGGCAAGACGUACUUUGCCGGCCUGUUGAAAGCCGGAGCUUUGCCGCUCUUCAAGAUGAACACGGAAACGAUGCCCUCCAAGCGCACCCAGCAGAGUGUGCCCUCGGGCUACACGUUCACCGACCUGGCGCAGAUGGUGUGCAAGGUCCCGUACAGCCGCACUUACGUCGACGAGUCUGACUCUUAUGAUGAGUAUGAAGCAGACGAAGAAGAUAACCACGAAAAAGGUUAUGUCUCAGAGCCGUCUGCUUGCAAUUUAGACGAUGAAAGGCUGCCGAGGAAGAGACCAGGUGGCUCUUUGUCAAUAUCGGAAGAAGAUGACGAGCUUGAGUAAAGAACUGAGAGGCUCCUGAUCACACACUGCUAGUCAUUUCGUGACGACCACUGGCCGUGUCGCUCUCCAGUUACGAGAGACUGUGUCAUUGCUCGUCUGCGCAGUGGCCAACAGCAGGGAUCGAGAACGGACUGCUGUUUCUGCGUGCGAGGUAGUACAUGCAGUCUUGGACAGCACUGAGACCUCUUGCAUCACUGUCUGUACUAAACAUUCUUAAAUACCUGUAGGACUGCUGGAAAUUUGCGAACGUUCGUCUUAAAAAGAGAGAUCACAAAGUCAAAUAAGUUCUGUGAUUACACUGAGCCUUGCUUUGCUGUGUACGUACAAGGACAUCAAGGAAAUUCUGUGUUGUUUUGCGUAGUUAGUACUCAAAUUCUCAUCUGAUAAGUGAUUUUGUAAAUCUGAUGAUUAAAUGAUGUAGUUAGAUACAACAGUUAAUAAACAUUCUGGGUAAUAUUUUUCUAAUGGUCGUGUAUUUUAUGAGUGCUUUUACUGGGAAACUUGAUGCCAAAGAUUUAGUUAUACUGAAUGAAUGGAUUCUGUUGUGAAAAUUAUGUGAUAUGGUUUGUGUUAAAUGCACAAGUUGGCAUUAUUGUAGUUUUUUAAUCAUUAAUAUAAGAUCUGAACAUGAGCAGCUUCUGAGUUGUGUCACUGUUUGCAGAAGACUAGUGACAAGUGGUCGCAAAAUCGUUUGGAUUGUGUCAACAUUUAAAAAAAUAUAUUUGCUUGGUUGAUGUUUCGGUAUAAUAUUUCUAACUAAUAUUAAUUUUCUCUAGUGGGAAAGAUACUAUUGUGAGUGAUGUGUAGCAUAAAUUUAAUCAGUACAAAGUGUUGAGAUUUUUCAAAUAUAAUUAUGUCAUUGUUUUUUUUUUAUUUAAUGCCUCAGUAUAAGGCAACGAAUCAAAAGAAAUCAAUAUAAAUAUCACAUAUCUUAAAGGUUAUGUCCAUGAUUUUUCAGUGUUUAUCCUGUGGUAUGUAGUACCAAUAUGUGAUUGAUGCUGCUUGUAUUUUUUUUAUAAUGCACAAGGGCUUGUAUUCUAGUCAUAUUUAGAUUGAAUCAAAUAUGACAAAAUAAAUUUUCCUAUAUAAA